CAUGGCGCCCCGGGGCGAGGCGUCACGGCCCCGGGGCGGCCGCGAGGAGUGAUCCGAGACAGCGCGGGCGGCAACUACAACCUCCUCAACUACAACCUCCACAACUACAGGCAACAACUACAGGCGGCAACAACAACUACAGGCGGCAACAACUACAGGCGGCAACAACCUCCACAACUACAGCCCCACAACUACAGGCGGCAACAACCUCCACAACUACAGGCAACAACUACAACCUCCACAACUACAACCCCACAACUACAGGCGGCAACAACUACAGGCAACAACUACAGGCAACAACUACAGGCGGCAACAACAACUACAGGCGGCGGCAACAACUACAGGCGGCAACAACUACAGGCGGCAACAACCUCCACAACUAUAACCCCACAACUAUAGGCAGCAACAACCUCCGCAACUACAGGCAACAACUACAACCUCCACAACUACAACCCCACAACUACAGGCGGCAACAACCUCCACAACUACAACCCCACAACUACAGGCGGCAACAACCUCCACAACUACAGGCGGCAACAACAUCCACAACUACAACCCCACAACUACAGGCGGCAACAACUACAGGCAGCGGCAACAACUUCCACAACUACAGGCGGCAACAACAACUACAGGCGGCAACAACCUCCACAACUACAACCCCACAACUACAGGCGGCAACAACUACAGGCAGCGGCAACAACUUCCACAACUACAGGCGGCAACAACCUCCACAACUACAGGCGGCAACAACUACAGGCGGCAACAACCUCCACAACUACAGGCGGCAACAACAUACUGCUACAGCUACUACUACUACAGCUACUACAGCUACUACUACUACAGCUACUACUACUACAGCUACUACUGCUGUAACAACUACUACAGCUACUACUACAGCUACUACUACAGCUACUACUGCUGUAACAACUACUACUACAGCUACUACUGCUGUAACAACUACUACUACAGCUACUACUACUACAGCUGCUACUACAGCUACUACUACAUCUACUACUGCUGUAACAACUACUACUACAGCUACUACUACUACAGCUGCUACUACAGCUACUACAGCCUGACAACUACAGCCACUAACUACAACUACCGCUACAACCUUACCCCCCCCGCCACGUCCGUCUUUGUAUCUCCCGAUUUGGGGCGUCGCACUUUUGAUUAGUGGAUGAAGUUGUUAUCAAUAUUAAUAACGAUAACGGUGUUAAUGUUGUUAUUUACGUGUUAAUUAAUUUGUGGCAACGCAUUUGUUGUUGUUGUUACAAUGACCCACUUUAGUAGCGACGUAAUAAUGGUCAUCUUCAAUCGGAUUGUUUAGAAGUUAACAACAAAUGCAAUUGACGUUGUAGUUAACGAUACGAUUAUCAUCACAAGCGCAUCAAGUUAUAAUUGUGAUGAUUCUCAUUGUAGUCGGCGUACUUGCUGUCGUUUCAAAUUGAAUGAUUCCGCUUGGGACUUGCUCCACCAGACAUCCGAUCCAUCACAGCGGAAAAUUAUCACCGUCAAUAUCAUCAUCAUCAUCAAUCUCAUCAUCAUCAUCAUCAAUCUCAUCAUCAUCAAUCUCAUCAUCAUCAAUCUCAUCAUCAUCAAUCUCAUAAUCAAUAUCAUCAUCAUCAAUCUCAUAAUAUCAAUAUCAUCAUCAAUCUCAUCAUCAUCAUCAUCAUCAAUCUCAUCAUCAUCAAUCUCAUCAUCAUCAAUCUCAUAAUCAAUAUCAUCAUCAUCAUCAAUCUCAUAAUAUCAAUAUCAUCAUCAUCAUCAUCAUCAUCAAUCUCAUCAUCAUCAAUCUCAUCAUCAUCAAUCUCAUCAUCAUCAAUCUCAUAAUCAAUAUCAUCAUCAUCAAUCUCAUAAUAUCAAUAUCAUCAUCAAUCUCAUCAUCAUCAAUCUCAUCAUCAAUCUCAUCAUCAUCAAUCUCAUAAUCAAUAUCAUCAUCAUCAAUCUCAUAAUAUCAAUCUCAUCAUCAUCAAUCUCAUCAUCAAUCUCAUCAUCAUCAAUCUCAUCAUCAUCAAUCUCAUAAUCAAUAUCAUCAUCAUCAAUCUCAUAAUAUCAAUAUCAUCAUCAAUCUCAUCAUCAUCAAUCUCAUCAUCAUCAAUCUCAUCAUCAUCAAUCUCAUAAUCAAUAUCAUCAUCAUCAAUCUCAUAAUAUCAAUCUCAUCAUCAUCAAUCUCAUCAUCAUCAAUCUCAUAAUAUCAAUCUCAUCAUCAUCAAUCUCAUAAUCAAUAUCAUCAUCAAUCUCAUCAUCAUCAAUCUCAUCAUCAUCAAUCUCAUCAUCAUCAUCAUCAAUCUCAUCAUCAUCAAUCUCAUCAUCAUCAUCAAUCUCAUCAUCAUCAUCAAUCUCAUCAUCAUCAAUCUCAUCAUCAAUCUCAUCAUCAUCAUCAAUCUCAUCAUCAAUCUCAUCAAUAUCAUCAUCAAUCUCAUCAUCAAUCUCAUCAUCAUCAAUAUCAUCAUCAAUCUCAUAAUAUCAUCAUCAUCAUCAAUCUCAUCAUCAUCGAUCUCAUCAUCAAUCUCAUCAUCAUCAUCAUAAGCCAACAUAAUCAUUACAAUCAUCAUCAUCAUCAGUUCGUAUCCACGACUAUGAGACACCCCGCGGCAUGCGCGCUGCCUGCCACUGUGAAGUGAUGACAGGGCAGCAGCAGCAGCAGCCAGGGCAGCAGCAGCAGCAGCACAGCUGCCCCGGGACUGCCCCUGGGACUCUCCUCCUCCUGCUGCUGCUGAUGAUGAUGACGCUGAUGAUGGUCGGGAUGGCGCCUCCAGUAGCUGCUGUGGGCAGCACGGGGAGUCUGAGCUGCCCCGUCGCCUGCACUUGCCGCUGCCCUCUGCCCCCGCUGCUGCCCGCGGAGUGUUCGGUGAACUGCACGCUGGGAGAACUGCAGCGGCUGCCCCCUCUACUGCCCGACAACACCUCGUCACUCAGCAACAGCAGCUGCAGCAGCGACAGCAGCUGCAGCAGCGGCAGCAGCGGCAGCAGCGGCAGCAGCGGCAGCAGCGGCAGCAGCGGCAGCAGCGGCAAAUGAUUUGUUUCCCGGCUGAAUGGACCUGUCGCACAACAACAUCCAGGAGUUGGAGGAGGACGUCCUGUCGCGUGUCGCGCACUCCCUCUCCGUGCUGAAUCUGACGGACAACAAGAUCUUCCGCCUCGGCGUGCACGCCUUCCGCGACAUGACCUCGCUGCUCGUGCUGGAUCUGAGCGACAAUCAGAUCGGCACGCUGCCCAACGGCGUCUUCGACAACCUCACGAGCCUCGCCGUGCUGGACGUGAGCGGGAACCCGCUGGACUGCGGCUGUGAGCUGGCGUGGCUGCCCUGGUGGCUGGUGGCGCCGGCGCGCGCUGGCAGAGUGGUACUGGCACGGCCGUUGCGCUCGCUGUGCGCCCUGCCGGACCGCCUGGCCCACACGCCCGUCACCGCCGCCAACUUCUCCAGCGCCGUCUGCGCUGCCGACUACGUUGCCUGCUUGCGCCCGGCCUCGACGCUCAUCUUCUCGGCCGUGGACGAGGACGCGCACGACGAGCUCGGCUGCAACGCCGCGUGCGCCCGCCGCCGCCUCGCCUACUUCUCCUCGGACCCGGCGCUCAACUUCCUGUGCCUGUGCGGCGACGCGGGCGGCUCCCCGCCGGCGGCGCCCGACUGCGCCGCCGUCUGCUCGACGGGCUACCCGGCGAGCCGCGCCGUGUGCGGUCGCGUCGUGGUGGCGCCGCCGGCGCCCGUCCGCUCGGGAGCCUCCUUCCGCGGCCUGCGCCCGUUCAGCGUCUUCGAGACGGCCGAGUUUCGCGCCGCGCCCUGGCACGACCCCGGCGCCGGCUGGCGCGCCCGCUGGGACUUCGGCGACGGGGCGGCGCCGCUGGACGUGGCCGGCGGCGCCGCCGCGCGGCACAAGUUCGCGCUGCCCGGCACCUACGCCGUGACGGUGAGCGUGAGCGGCGGAGGAGGCGGCGGGUCGACCGUCGCCGCGGCGACCAACGUGACGGUGGCGAUGCCGGUGCUGCUGCCGCCGGAGCUGCGGUGCCCCGAGGCGGCGCUGACCGGGGGCGGAGGCGGCGUGGCCGCCGUCAGCCGGAGCGGCACCGGCGCGAGGGCCCGUUGGUCCGUGAGGGAGGCGGACGGCACCGUCCGGCGCGACUCUCCGGCGUGUCCCGCUGGGGGCCGCACGAGCGCCGACGCCGACGCCGACGACGCUGAAGGGGGGCGGCCCUGCUUCCUGCUGGUGACCGCGCCGGCAAGCUGGCACGACGCCCGGGCCCAAUGCCGGCGGAGUCCCGGCGGGGACCUCGCCGUCGUCGCCGACGACGCCACGCAGCGGCUGGUGACGGCGCUCUCAAACAGCUCUAGUGUGUGGCUGGGAUUGAGCGACACGGAGUCUCCGGGCACCCUGCUCUGGGCGGACGCCCGCACGUCUGAGCGGUUCGAGGUGUGGGCGACUGGCGAGCCCAGCAUGAUGCAAGACCCGGGCCCCGGCGGGCGGUGCGUGCGAGCCAUCGCGAGCCAGCACGGCCGCUGGGGAACGGAGAACUGCGCCGAGCUGCUGCCGUACGUGUGCCGCUACGAGCCGGGAGUGUCUGUGGAGGACGUGCGAUUCUUCCUGCUGGGGUCGCCGGCUUUCACCGCUCACCUGCCCGUCGCCAACGUCACCGUGACAGAGGACCCAGCGUCCACGCCGGCCUCCAGCGUGCAGGUGAUGGUGUUCCCGGGCCUGUGGUUUGCGCAUGGCGGCGUGGUGCGGUCGCUGGAGGUGGCGGUGCUGCAGCGACGCUCCGCCGUGCAGCUGCGGCUGCAGGUUGUGCGGCCGCACUGCGGGCCGGGCCUUUCGCUCUCCCUCCCCGGCUGCGCUCGCUCCUGGUCCCCGUUCUCCACGUGCGUCGCUGACGCCGCCGACGCCUGCAACGCGACGGCGGGCCCUUGUGCGCCGGGCCUGCAGUGGUGCCGCUUGUCGGCAGCCUGCGUCCCCGUGGGGCGGCCUUGCGGCGCCGGCGAUCCCGCCGCGACCUCUCCGCCGGCGUCGUCGUCGGCUCCGUCGGCUCCGUCGACAUCGACGGCGUCGUCGCAGCGGUGGACUCCGCCGGCCUACGCCGUGGUGCGGGAGGUGGUGGUUCUGCUGGACGCCGGCGAGGCCACGCACGCGAACAUCGUGCUGGGCCCCGCGGGACUGGAAGUCUCGCCGGACCUCGUGCUGGCGCUGCAGCACGACGCCGGCGCCCCUCUGCUCGACUGCCCUCCCUCGGCCCCGCCGUCUCCCUGGCGGCAGGCCUGCCUCACCCGCGACCGCCCCGCCGGCUGGGCGCCCGCGAACCUGUCGGCCGGCGUCGCCGACGACGGCGCCGGCGCCUGGCGGCUGCGCGACGGCUGCGCCUGCGACCUGCGAGCGCUCUACACCGAUGGCGCCAGCCUCCCCUCCCUGGACGCCGCGCUGGCGUCGGCGGCCGCGCGGCCCGGCGCGCGCACCUACAACGCGAGCCUCGGCAACCCCGUCGGCGCCGGCGGCGACGCCGGCUGCACGGUGGAGUUCCGUCCGCCGGUGUCGGGGCUGAGGCUGGCGAGCCCGCGGGCCAAGGUUGCCGGCGGCGCCGUCUACGUGAACGUGUCGGCCGGCUCCCCGUUCGUGUUUCGCGUCGACGCGGGGUCGGGCGCCGUCCUGCGCUGGCUCCUGAGCGGCGCCCGCGGCGUCUCUGACGGCGCGGCGGCGUUCUCGGCGGCGUGCCCGGCCGAGCUGACGGCGGCGCCGGCGACGUCGGCGGCUGCGUCCCCGUCGACGACGUCCCAGGCGUGCGCCAGGCUGGGCGGCGAGUUCGCGGCGCUGCGGGCGCCGGUGCGGGAGGCGGGGACGUAUUCGCUGCGGGCGAACGCCAGCAACGGGCUGAGCGAGGAGAGCGCCGUCGUGACGGUGCAGGCCGAGCAGCCCGUCGCCGGGCUCGCCAUGCUGCCCGCCGGCAGCGGCGCAGGCGCGCAGAGGGUGCUCGUCGACGUGACGCUGGUGUUCUCAGCGAGGGUGGCGGAGGGCACGUCGGUGACGUACACGUGGGUGCUGGACGGCCUCGCCGUCUUUGCGUACAACAGCCAGCAGUACAACCUGGUGUUCCACAACCCCGCCGUCUACCGCCUCAAGGUGACGGCGGAGAACGCGGUGAGCCGCGAGUGGGUGGAGGCGGAGAUCCACGCGGACACCAGGAACCCGCUGGCCGCCCUCGCCCUUCUGGACGCGCCCGCCGUGGUCCCCGUCAACGGCAGCCUCCAGGUGGCCGCCACCGUCAGGGUGGACGCCAACGUGGCCGUCCUUUUCCGCUGGUGCUUUGGGGACGGCAGCGCUAACGUCACAUGGAGGGCGAGCCCGCCAUACGAGGCCUGGCUGCCCAGGCCCGAGCCUGGCGUGGAGCGGGUCCUUCUGCGGCACAACGUGACGCACACCUACACCGAGGCUGGCUCAGUGAACCUCUCCGUGGAGGCGAUCACGGACCGCGAGCACCUCCAGACGGUCAGCACCAUCGACGUGCGCUCGCCGCUCACCGCCGUGCUCCUCCGGCUGGUGCCCGCCGGCGCCGCCGUGCCCGGAGGGGAGCCGUCUCUCGGCGUGGUGCCGGCCGACGUCCCCGUCACCUUUGAGGCGGUGGCCGUGCCCGGCGGCCACGGAGUCGUCUACACAUGGGACCUGGGGGACGGCUCGCCGGCGCGGGACGGCGCCGGCAGGGUGACGCACGCCUUCGCCGGCGACGCCACCUACGCCGUCCGCGUGGCGGCGGACAACGGCGUGAGCCGCGCGGAGGCGAGCGCCAACGUGACGGCGCUGCGCCGGCUGUCCGGCGUGACGGUCGUCGCCGGCGCCGUCGACCUGGGCUCCCCGGUCACCGUCGCCGCCACGCUGGCCACCGGCUCGGCCGACCGCUGGGACUUCGACGUGGGGGACGGCACCGUGUACGCGGACCUGCGCCGGCCGCUGGUGACUCACAACUACUCCGCCGAGGGAGCCUACCACGUCACCGCCAACGCCAGCAACGCGCUGGGCGCCGCGACGGGCGCCGCGACGGUCUGGGUGUUCCGGCUCCGGCCGACGGACGUGCUGGCGCCACCGGGGUGCGUGGCGGCCGGCGCCGACGUGAGCCUGUCCACGAGCGUUGGUCCCUUCGCGAGGAACCUCUCCUUCCGCUGGGACUUUGGCGACGGACACGUGACGGAGGGGGUGGACGUCCCCGCGGUGGAGCACGCCUACGCCAACGCUGGCAACUUCUCGGGCUUCCUCGUGGUCAGCAGCCCGUCGGGCGCCAGCGAGAGGCAGGGGUUUGCGGUGUGCGUGCGGGGCGCCAUCGCGCGCGUGGAGCUGGCGGUGAGCGGCGGCGCCGUCUCGCGGCUGGGCCGGCCGACGGAGUUCAGCGUCGCCGUCGACCCCCCCGGCGACGGCCGCACCUACACCUUCGAGUUCGGCGACGGCUCUGCCCCCGAGGUGCUGCUGGCGCCUCCGUUCCGGCACCUGUACGCCGGCGCCGGCGCGUUCACCGCCGCCGUGAACGUCAGCAACGGCGUCAGCGCCGGCGGCGCCGCGACGCCGGUCGAGGUGCAGGAGGCGGUGGGGACGGUGCGGGUGACGGCGGACGGCGCCGCCCCGCUCCACGUGGCGCUCAACCGCACGUACCUCUUCGCCGCGCUCGCCAGCGCCGGCACCGCGCUGCGGUACUCGUGGGACUUCGGCGACGGUGCCGUGAGCAUCGGCGGCAACGGCACGGCCGCCCACGCCUUCUCCACCGGCGGGGCGUUCGCCGUCACCGCCGCCGUCUUCAACGACGUGAGCCGCGCCGUGGGCGGGCUCAACCUCACCGCGCUGGCGCCCGUGCGCGGGCUGGCGGUCGCGGGCCCCGGCGCCGCGACGGUGGAGACGGGCGUCCCCGCCGCCUUCUCGGCGACCGUCGAGUCCGGCGACGAGGUCGCGUUCGCGUGGUCCUCGUGCCGCCACUGCCUGCCCCCCGCCGGCGCCGGCUCCCGCUUCGAGACGGCCUUCCCGACGGCCGGGGCGCACGCGGUGACGUGCGUGGCGGCGAACGCGGCGAGCCGCGAGGAGGUCACCGUGGCCGUGUCCGCCGAGGAGCGGAUCGCCGACCUCACGGUGACGUGCGAGGGGCUGGCGGACGGGCGCUACUGGGAGACGGGGCGGGUUCUGCGGUGCCGGGCGCUCGUGGGGGCCGGCAGCGGCGUCGGCUUCGCGUGGAGCUUCCGGCACGUGGCCACGGGUAGGAGCGCGGAGACCAACGAGACGGCCGCCGGGUCCCGGCUGCCGCAGCAGCAGCAGCAGCAGCAGCAGAGCGAGUCGCUGUGGAGCGUCACGCUGGCCGGCGAGCACGUCGUCGCGGUGAGCGCCAGCAACGGCCUCGGCGUCCUCGCCGCCGCGCUCAACUUCACCGCGCUGGACCGCGUCGCCGACCUGAGCGUCGCGGCGGCGCCGAACCCGACCGCCGUCGGCACCGCCGUCGCGCUGACGGCCGACGCACGACGCGGCACGGCCGUCUCCUACGCGUGGAUCGUCUCCGCCGGCGGCGGCGCCGACGACGGGACGGAGGAGACGGGUUCGAGCCCGCGCCUCGAGCGCGUCUUCACGGCGGCGGGGCCGGCGCUGGUGACGGCGGUGGCGUGGAACCCGCUGGGCCGGGAGAACGCCACGGUGCGGGUGGACGUGCUGGAGCCCGUGCGGGGCCUGGCGAUGGCGACGCCCGACGCGGCGGUGCCGUUCUACGUCGAGGCGGGGACGCCGGCGCGGCUGGUGGGCAGCGUGAGCUCCGGCUCGAGCGUGUCGUGGCGGUGGACGGUGCCGACGAACCCGGGGAAGAUGUCGGUGGACGACGGCGCCGAGCUGCGGUACAACUUCGGCGCCGAGGGCGUCUACGCCGUCACGGUGAACGCCUCGAACGCGGUGAGCUCCGAGGUGCUGGCGCGCGAUGUGACGGCGCAGGAGCGCGUCACGGGCCUCAGCGUCGUCGCCAACGCCACGGCGGCGGCGACGCGCCAGACGGUGGUGUUCACGGCGGACCUGGCGACGGCCCGCCGCUCCGCCGUCGUCACGCUGGCGUUCACCGCGGGCGGACGGGCGACCACGGUGGACGGCGUCGCCGAGGUGGCGACGCUGGAGCCGGGCGUGCCGUACGCCUACGCCUUCACCGAGCCGGGCGUCUACGUGGGCAACGUGACGGCGCGGAACAACGUGAGCGCGCGGAGCGAGCUGGUGAGCGUCACGGUGCUCGACGCCGUGCGGGGACUCGUGCUCGUCGGCUGCUGCCCCGCAGCGCUGCCCAGCGGCGAGCCGGCCUCGUUCGGCGCCGCGGUGAGCGCCGGCGCGCCCGUCGUCUUCCGCUGGCGCUUCGAGAUGGCCGGCGCGGAGGCGGAGGAGGCGGUGGGGGAGAGCGCGCGGUACACGCCGCGCGUCCCCGGCGCGCUGACGGUGCUGGUGAACGCCAGCAACGCGCUGAGCGGCGCGAGCGCGGGCGCCGUCGUGGCGGUGCAGGAGCGCGUGUCCGAGCUGUCGCUGCGGCACAACGCGACGCCGCGGGCGCUGGCGGGCGAGCCGGUGGGCUUCGAGGCUCGCCACGCGACCGGCACGGACCUGCUCUACCGCUGGGAGUUCGGCGACGGCACGGGGAUGCGGGGGCCCCGGGCGCGCGUGACGCACGCGUACGCGGAGGCCGGGGACUAUCGCGCCGUCGUCGUCGCCUCCAACGACGUGAGCGAGGGUCGCGCCGAGACCGACGUGACCGUCGUCGAGCUCGGCUGCUCCCCGCCGACGCUGGCGCCCGUCGCGCCGCGCCGCUCCGUCGUGGCGGCGCUGCAGAACUACUUCGAGGUGACGGUGGACCUGCGCGGCUGCGAGGAGCUGGGCUACAGCGCCGAGUACCUGUGGGAGGCGCGCCGAUCGGCGGACUGCGACCGGCCCAACGCGACGGUGGCGCUCGACCCGUCGGUGGACGCCCGCCGCCCGCAGCUCGUGCUGCCGGGCCGCUCGCUGGCGCCGGGAAACUACUGCCUGUCGUUCACGGCGCGGCUGAGCGGCACGUCGCUGGCGCGCUCCGUGUCGCUGGCGGUGAGCGCGCUGGCGAGCCGGCCCGUGGCGGUGAUCGCCGGCGGCACCAGCCGGACCUGGUCCCGGCGCGACGGCUGGCUGCUGCUGGACGGGAGCGGUUCCUGGGACCCCGACGGAGCGGCAGGAGACGGAGCGGCAGGAGACGGAGUGGGACUCGUCUACAGCUGGGACUGCGCCCCCGAGGUCCCCGGUACCCGGGGCUGCUUCUCGUCCCGGCCGCAGGGACCCCGGCUCAACGUGUCGGGCGCCGCCAUGGUCGCCGGCGCUCGCUACGUCUUCACGCUGCGCGUGCAGGCGGUGCCCGGCAAGGGGGAGGCCGCCACCAGCCAGACGGUGCUGGUGCUGGAGGGGCCGGCGCUGUCCGUGGCGGUGCGGUGCGUGUCGUGCGACGCUCUGGGGCGCUACUCGGUGAGCCGCAGCGAGCAGGUCACCAUGUCCGGCCGCUGCCUCGACUGCGCCGCCGGCGCUCAGCUGCAGUACCGGUGGACGGUGGUGGACUCCGACGGGGCAGUGCUGCCCCUGGGCUCGGAGCGCUCCUCCACGGGGGACGCCCUGGCGGACCUGGUGGUGCGCUCCGGGGCUCUGGCCGACGGCCUCGGCUACACCUUCACCCUCGCCGUGUCCGCGCCGCCGGGUGGCGCCGGCGGCGGCGACGAUGGCGCCGCCGCCGCCGGGAACUCGUCGCUGGUGCUCGAGCCCAACCGGCCGCCGGCGGGCGGGGAGUGCCGGACCACGCCGGGCGCCGCCCUCACCGUGCUGGAGACGCGCCUGCAGUACGACUGCGUUGACUGGCGGGACCCUGAAGACGCUAGCGCCCCCGUGCUCUAUACGCUGGUGCUGGCCGCCUGCUCGCCGGGCACCGGCGGCAGCUGCCAGGACACGCCGCUGUACCGCGGCGUGAAGGCGCGGUGGAGCGCGCUGCUGCCCCUGGGAGGCGGUGUGGGUGACGGCGCCCGCCACUGGCUGGAGCUGUGGGUGGAGGAUCAGAUGGGCGCCCGCACGCUCGCCCUCAACCGCAGCGUGGAGGUGGCGCUUCCGCCGGCGCCACCGGACGGGCUGCCCGCGUGGCUCGCCAACCGCAGCCGCUGGGAGCUGCAGGCGGCGCUGCAGAGGGGCGACCCCUACGAGGUGACGCUCUACGCCAGCGCGCUGCUCAGCGUGGUGCGGCAGCAGGUGGACGGCGGUGGAGAUGCCGCGGCGGUGGCCACGUACGCGGAGGUGGCACGGAACGCGACCCUGGCGCUCUCCGGCCUGGCCGUGGCGAGCAUGGAGGACGUGUUCCGCCUGGCAGCCGCGCUCGCCUACACCUCGUCCGGCGCCCGCCUCAACGCCACACAGGCCUCCUCCGUGUGCGAGGAGUGUCCGGAGCGAGUGCUGCUGCAGGUGGAGAGGAUGGUGGCGGUGGUGGCAGCGUGGGUGACGCAGGGCAAGGUCACCCCCACCGGCCCAGCCCGCAGCCUCCUGCAGGUCAUGGGCGCCAUCAUGGCCACCGGCCGGGACGCGCGCGUGUCCGCGGCGGCGCCCUCGACGGCCGCCGCCUGCGCCGCCAGGCCGCCGCCCGGCGGGCCCGGCCUGGGCCGACGGGCCUUCUCGCUGGCCGAGUGCCUGAUGGGCGCGCUGAUGCGCACGCGCGUGCUGCACGAGGAGAAGCUGGCGCUGCGCACGGAGCGGCUGGCGGCGCUGGGCCGGCGCGUCACGCCGCUGUCGCUGCUGUGCGGCGCGGCGCCGGCGUCGGCGGCGCUGGAGGAGGAGGGCGACCCGGACUGCGCGUUCCAGAUCCCCCUCGCCGCGGCGGAGAUCAUCGACCGGCGAGUCGCGGCGGCCACGGCGGGCGGAGCCGGCGCCGAGCUCACGCAGGUGAUGCUGGUGAUGCCGAGCAGCCCGUUCCCCGAGCCGGGUCCCCUGGGCGACCUCGCCGUGUCGUCGCGCGUCGCCUCGCUGGAGCUGAGCCGCGCCGACGACGGUUCCGUGGUGCCGGUGAGCGACCUGCCCGCCGGCGCCGCCAUCCUGGUCACGCUGCCCGGGCCGGCCCUCGACCUCUCCGAGUCGCUGGUGGCGGCGACCGCCGGGACCGGCGGCGACGGCGCCGUCGUCGUGCCGCCGGGCGGCGCCGUCAACUUCAGCGUGAACGCCAGCAACGAGGACGCGAGGGCCAGCCUGUUCGUGCAGGUCACGUACACGCCCGUCGACGAUGCGGCUGCGAGCGUGGACGCCGUGCGCCGCGUGGACGUGAGCCUGCACGGCUACGCGCCGGCGCUGCCCGGCGACGAGCAGCCGGGGACUGGCGGCGCCGCCACCACCGCCGUCAUGGCCAAGCAGAUCCCGCUGGAGGAGGUGGAGCGCGGGAACCUCUCGGCCUGCACGCUCGCCCUGUCGCCCACAUCGUACGACACGACGCGGCCGUUCGUGCUGCUCGUCCGCAACCGGCACGCCGGCUCGGCGGUACGAGUGCGCGUCGGCGCCUACCUCGCGCUCUGCCAGUGGCUGGCGCCGGGGGCGUCGGACGGCUGGGCCGGUGACGGCACGGAGCCCGACGGCGCCACGGGCCCCGGCGCCGCCGUGUGCCGCAGCCGGCACCUGACGGUGUUCGGGGCCGGCAUGUUCGUGCCUCCGGGCGCCGUGUCUCUGCUGCCGCCGACCCUGGAAAGCCUGUCGCUGGUGGCCGUGCUGGUGUGCGCGGCGCUGUGCGGCGCCUACCUCGUGGUGGCGCUGCUGGCGCGGCGGAUGGACCUGGUGGACAUCAGGCGGGUGGGCGUGGUGCCGCUGUGCGGGCCCGAGGGACGCUACAAGUACGAGGUGAUGGUGAAGACCGCAUGGGGGAACGGCUCCGGCACCACGGCGCACGUGGGCAUCAGCCUGUACGGGCGCGAGAAGAGCGGCGCUCGGUUCCUGGCGCGCGACGGAGCCUUCAGGCGCAACGCGGCCGACGUGUUCCACAUCGCGUGCCACCUGCGGCUGGGCCGGCUGUGGAAGAUCCGCGUGUGGCACGACAACACCGGGCUGAGCCCGGCGUGGCACGUGCGGCACGUGAUGGUGCGCGAGCUGGAGACGGGCAAGACGUACGGCUUCAUCCUGGACGACUGGCUCUCGGUGGAGAACCAGCGCAAUGACGGGCUGGUGGAGAGGGACGUGCUCGCCGCCAGCCCCGAGGACCUGCGCCGCUUUGGCCGCGUGUUCGUGGGCGAGCUGCAGCGCGGCGUGUCGGAGCGCCACGCCUGGCUCUCCGUGCUCGACCGGCCGGCGCGCAGCCGCUUCACGCGGGCGCAGCGCGUCUCCGCCUGCGCCCUGCUGCUCGCCGCCUUCCUGGGCGUCUCCGCCGUGUGGUACGGCGCCGUCGCCUCCAACGCCACCGGCGCCGUCGCCGGGGCCAGAGUCCCGGUGUCGGAGUCUCUGUCCGUGGGCUGGAGCGACGUGGCGGUUGGCAUGGUGACCGCUUGUCUCUCCUUCCCUGUCUACGUCAUCAUCUCGCUCGUCUUCCGGAAGUCUAGAAGCCAGAUCUCGAUGCAGCACGUGGACAGCUGCGAGCUGGAGGUGCUGGAGAUCGAUGCCUACGUGGACGCCUCCGAGGGCGGCGACUCCAUGCUGGAGCUGCCCGACUUGGAGAACUACCAAGACAGGAAAGAGAGCGUCAUCUCAGCCGGUCCCAAGUCUCUCCCCGACUUGCUGGCGACUCACGCCGCCCACACCGGCACCACCGCGGCGGUGGCGGCGUCGGCGGUAGCGGUGGGCCCCACCACCGCCGGCCCCACGACCGCCGGCCCCGCGGCACGGCCGUCUCUGCGGCGGGCGGAGGCAUCGCGCAGCCUCCGCGUGGACGCGUCACUCGCGUCGUCGUCGGAGAGGGAGCCGCUCUCCCUGUCGGGCUCCGAGCGCGGCGCAAACUCCUCCGCCCGCGACAGCCGGCUCACGCCCGCCGACGAGGAGCUGAUGCAGCAGAUCCUGGCGGAGAGCGGGAGGUCGCAGGAUCGACCUUCCUCGGACAGCGGCCGCUUCUCACCGCGCGCCGACGCCGACCUCCUAUCUGACAUCCUCGACCCGGCGGCCUUGCCGGGAGCCGAGCGGCGGGCGCCGUGGAGCCGGGGCUGUGGCUCGGCGUCGUGCGUCCCGUCGGCGCGGAGCCGCUCGGGCGUCGCCUCGUGCCUCUCCAAGCCCGGAUCGGCGGCGUCGCGGAAAACCGUGUGCGUGCGGCGUGGCGUGCGCGCGCCGCUGCCGCGCUGGUGCGCGACGCUGGCGCACGGCGCGUGCGUGGCCGGGUUUGCCGCGUGCGUCACGGCGACGUGCCUUUACGGCGUCAGCUUCUCGCCCAGCGUGGCGCUCGCGUGGAUCCUGGCGUCCGUCACGGCGCUCGCCACCUCCUUCCUCCUGCUGGAGCCUCUCAAGAUCUUGGUGGAGGCGCUGGCCCGCGCCGCGCUGCAGCGCCGCGUCGACCCGGAUGAGGACGACGAGCUGGUGGAGGAGCCGCUGGUGCGGCCGGCGCCCGACCCCAUGGGUAAGGUGCGGGCGCCCUGCGGCUACGGCCUCCUGCAGGCCAAGGAGGAGGCCCGCAAGCUCCGCCACCUCAAGGCGCUCGUGAAGAGCUUCGUGCUGCACCUGCUGCUGCUGCUGCUGGUGCUGCUCUUCACCUACUGGGACGCGCCGAGCGAGCGCCACGCGCGCCUGCUGGCGGCAGGCACGCGGCAGGCCGUGCUGGCGGCGCGAGACGGGCCCCUGCAUCUCUCGGCCCUCGCCAGCUCGGAGCAGGUGUGGCUGUGGCUGGGCCGCGUGCUGCUGCCCCACCUCUACCCCAACGUGUCGGACGCACAGAGGCCGACCACGCUGCUGGGCACGCCACGCCUGCGCCAGCUACGCAGCGCCACCGUUCCGUGCGUCGCUUGGCUGGCGCCGGACUUGCCGCAGGAAUGGGGCGACUGCAUCGGUGAUGACGUCGCCGGCGCCGUCGCCGGCAGCUUCGGUCCUGGGUGGACGCUCCCCACGCCCAACUCCAGCCUCAACUGGAACUACACGCACGCCGUCGCUCCCAGCGCGUGGCACUGGGGGGAGCUGGGCUGGUACGGGGGGGGUGGCUACGUGCAGGACCUCGCAGGGGACCUGGGGCAAAGCCGCAGCACCGUGAGCAUCCUCCAGCAGCAGGGCUGGAUCGACAGGAUGACGCGCGCGGUGCUGGUGGAGUUUGCGCUGCGAUGUCGGGCGGUGGGGCUCGUGGCGGCCGUCACCGUCCUCUUCGAGUUCCCCGUGGCGGGCGCUGGCAUCGCCGCCGUGCCGUCGCUGAGCGUGCGCGCGGCACGGCCGCUCGGCCUGCGGCACCGGGACUCGGCGCUGGUGCUCACGCUCUCCGUCAUGCUGCUGGCGCUGGGCUCCGUCCGCAUCCUGAUGGCGCUGUGGUCGUCGUGGCGCCGCUUCCGCAGAUCCGCAGCCCCCACUCAGCCGCCGUCGUCGUCGACGUCGUCGUCGUCGUCAUCGUCGUCGUCCUGGUCGUUCUUCUCGGCGCCCGUGUCGCCGGCGCCGUCGCACGUGGGCUGGGCGCUGGCGCGCUGGCUGUCGAUGGCGCUGUGCGUGUGCGCGCCGGCCGUCACGCUGUACCGCCUCGCGCUGGGCGAGCUGCUCGCUCAGGCGCCGGCGCCGGAGUUCCAGGACGUGCGGAGCGCCGUCUUCGUGGCCGAGGCCGCGACGGCGCUCGCCGCCUCGCUGCUCUUCCUCUCGCUCGUUACGGCGGCACGGCAGGUGCGCUUUGUCCGCGCGUGGGCCCUGCAGGGCAAGACGUUUGAGCGAGCGUGGCCGCGUCUGUGGCGGACGCUGGCGCUCCUCCUGACGGCGCUGCUGGCCUUCACGCAGCUGGGCUUGCUGAUCUUCUCGCAGCGCGUCAGCUGCUUCCGUCGCUUCGGCCUCGCGCUGGGCUCGCUCGUCUCGGCGCUUCGCUCGGGGCGCCGGCUGCUGCUGGCGGCGCCGUCGCCGCCGUCGCCGCCGCCCUCCACGCCGCCGCCGCCGGCGCCGUCACGGUGGUCGUGGUGGUCGGCGUUAUCGCCGCCGUCGCCGUCCGCCCGGCCGUGGUCCUCCCGGCCGGAGGCCGCGUGGCCGUGGGCGGCGGCCGCCUUCCUGCUGCUGCUGGCGCUGGGCGCGGGCGCGGCGCUGGCGCGCGGGUUCGCCGCGGCGCUGGCGGCGGCGCACCGGCGGGAGCGCGCCGAGGCUCGGCGGCCCGCGGUGGCGCCGCAGGAUUACGAGAUGGCCGAGUUCCUGCUCAAGCGCGUCCGCCUCGUGCUGGGCCUGAGCAAGGCCAAGGAGUUCCGCCACAAGGUGAAGUUCGAGGGCAUGGAGUCGCUGCCGUCGCGAUCCUCCCUGCGACGCGCUGUCUCCGCCCCCCCGCCCGCCCACCUCCUCCUCCGUGUCGUCGUCGGCGUCGUCCACCUCGUCGUUGCUCGGGACGUCGGCGACGUCGCGGGUCGGCGCGGAGCAGCCGGCGCCGGCGUCGCCGUCGCCGCCGGCGCGGGAGGAGCUGGAGCGGUGCUACGCGGCGGCGGGGCCCGCGGCGGAGCGCCUGCUGGCGCUGUUUGAGCGCGUGUGCGAGCUCACCGACGACGUGCUCCGCCUGGAGCUGGCGCUCGAGGACGCGCGGCUCCGGCUCGGCGCCGGCCCCGAGCCGCCGCCGCCGGCGCCGCCCGA